CCCGCAAGAUGCCCGCGCGGGCGCCCUGCCGAGCCCUGUCCGUGGUGCUGAUUCUGCUGUCGGCGCCUCCCCCGGCGGCGCGCGCCUGUCCCCACCCUUGCGCCUGCUACGUUCCCAGCGAGGUCCACUGCACGUUCCGCUCCCUGGCUUCCGUGCCGGCUGGGAUUUCUAAACAUGUGGAAAGAAUCAAUUUGGGGUUCAACAGCAUACAGGCGUUGUCGGAGACGUCCUUCGCGGGGCUGAGCAAGUUAGAGCUGCUCAUGCUUCACGGCAACAACAUCCCCAGCGUGCCCGACGGGGCUCUGAGGGACCUCGGCUCUCUCCAGGUUUUCAAGUUCAGCUACAAUAAGCUGCGGGUCAUCACCGCACAGACCCUGCAGGGGCUGCGGAGCUUACUGAGGCUGCACGUGGACCACAACGAGAUCGAGUUCAUCCACCCGCACGCGUUCCAAGGCCUCACGGCGCUGAGGCUGCUGCAUCUGGAGGGGAACGUGCUGCACCAGCUGCACUCCGGGACCUUUUCCACCUUCUCGUUUCUGGACUACUUCCGGCUCUCCAACAUCCGGCACCUGUACCUCGCCGACAACAGGCUGCGGAGCCUGCCCGCCGGCAUGCUUCAAAAUAUGCCGCUGCUGGAGAACCUUUACCUGCACGGCAACCCCUGGUCCUGUGACUGUGACAUGCGCUGGUUCCUCGAAUGGCACGGGAAAUCGAAAGGGCUUCUGAAGUGUAAGAAGGACAAAGCCUACGAAGGCGGCCAGCUCUGCCCCGCGUGCGCCAGUCCCCGGAGGCUGCAGAAGCACGACAUUCACACGCUGGAGGACGUCCCCUGUGUGAAGCCUUCCAUCACGUCCCCUCUGAGACACAACGGCAGCAGUGGCCUCGAGGACGAGCAGGGCCCGGACGACGACGGCGGUGCCUGGCCCCCUCUGGAGCACUUCCAAGUCCCCGCGUGGCAGGUGUCCCUGAACAUGACUGACGAGCACGGAAACACCGUCAGCCUGGCCUGUGGCAUCCAGAAGCCCACACAGCUGUCCCAGAUUCGCCUGAACCACACGGAAUCUCAAGACAUCGAGCUGAACGCCACCGUCGGCCUGGACUUCGAGUGCCCCAUGACCCGGGAGAACUACGAGAAGCUGUGGAAACUGAUCGCCUAUUACAGCGAGGUCCCCGUGCGCCUGCAGCGGGAAGCCGCGCUCGGCCCCGAGCCCGCGCUCGGCCACCGGUACAGGCAGCACGCCGACGCCGACGCGCUGUACUACACGGGCGUCCGGGCCCAGCUGAGCUGCAACGUGAAGGCUUCCGAGAGUCCGGCCAUCUCCUGGGUGCUGCCCGACGGCUCGGUGCUCACGGCGCCCACCGAAGACCACGGCGGCCGGUUCUCCAUCCUCACCAGCGGCUGGCUGAAGAUCACGUCGAUGCGGCGGUCAGACUCCGGUCUGUACCAGUGCGUGGCUCAGGUGAGGGAUGAAACGGACCGAAUAGUGUACAGGGUCCUCGUGCAGCCGCCUGUCACUCAGCCCCCGGAUGGAGAGACGGUGACGCUUCAGCGGGACGCAGGGGAGGCGCUCACGCUGCCUUGCGAUGCGCUGGCCACCCCCGAAGCCCAGGUGUCCUGGAUUCUUCCCAACGGAAAGAUGAUCAGUGACUCGGCUAACUCAUCGCACGCGUACGUGUUGGCCAACGGGACGCUCUCCAUCCCCAAGGUCCAGCCCGGCGACGGCGGUUACUACAGGUGUGUGGCCGUCAACCCGCUCGGCGCGGAUCACUUUGCCGUGGCGGUCUCGGUGAGGAAGAAAGGCCCUGGACGGUCGUCAGCGAAGAGAGGCCGACGUCCGGGCGGGAAGACGGCGUCCAGGCCGCGGGAUGUGGUGGAGGACGAAGGCGGAUCCGCAGAUGACGCCAUCUCCGCGAGCCGUCUGCACCCGAAGGACCAGGAGACGUUUGUCAUGACGAAGGAGGAAGCCACCGUCGGGGGUCACAAAGCCAAGAAAGGCAGACGGAAACUGAAGGGCUGGAAGACCCCCCUGAAGGAAGCGGACACGGGCGUCGCCGAGGGUCGCAGAGUGUUCGAGUCGCGACGGAAAAUACACAUGGCCAACAAGCAGAUCACUCCGGAGCGCUGGGCAGAUAUCUUAGCCAGAGUGCGUGGGAAGACGCUCCCGAGGGCCACGGGAGGGCCCGACGUCGUGGCGGCGGCCGCCACGCCUCCCUCGCUGGGUCCGGGGGCGAACCCCGUCUUGCCAGCCGUCCCUCCUCCGUUGGUGACACCGGCCCAGACCGCAGCCAGCGCCGAAGAGUCGUCGGCAGACGCGUCUCUGUUUGCAGAGGAAGAACAGGGUUUCAGCCCUGUUCCCACGACCAGGGGGGGACCAGGGCGCGGCCGCGACCGAGUGAUUCUCGCCGGAGCCCAGGGGACAAGCAGAGACCCCGAAGUCUUCAUCGACGAUGUGUUUCCUGAGAAGGACGAGGAUGCCACUUGGGCUAACGUUGACUCCCUGUGGGCUCCGGCCACCACGCGGAUGUCUGUCCCUUAUGAAUCCUACUCCGCGCUGAGCACCGUGGUCACGGCCUACGAAGGGCCCACCAGGGCAAACGCGGGCGCAGAAGCCCGGUCGCCUACGGACGCCGCAUCCCCGCCAGCGCCUGUGUCACGAGAGGACGCGUCUCCUUCGGACCUCAGCUCUUUAGCUGCGUCUGAGGCGGUGCCUCCCGUUCACGCAGAAUCAGAGCUUAAGUCACAACCGGAUGAACACGAGACGAAAGGACCGUCCCCCAGACACUCGACUCCGAUCCUGACCUUGUCAGCCGUCGACUCCGGGACACCGGAGCCAGUGGAAGACGUCUCUUUGGGGGAUUGGCAGGUCCCAGCGGAAACACAUCUACAAGAACAAACAGACAACCUGUGGCUUGAGAAAAACGGUUUCAGGACUCAGGACAAUGCACGGAGGACGAAGGGCACAGAGAACAACUCUCUGGGUGUGCGCGAAGGAGGCGAGCCGGGCGCAGACGCCGCGCCCUCCAGAAGUCCAGACACGGAGAGGCCGGGCGUCGUGUCCACCGCCUUGACCGACUCUUCACGGGGAGCGAAGAACACCAUGCUCGGUCCCCAGGACAGCGCGCUCCGUCCUCCAGUUGAGAAAAACACCGCCACCGUGGCCGUGACGGUGCCAACUGAGAAGUCGCCCUCGCCGUCACCGCCGGCCACGCAGCCGCCUCGAAAGAGACCCAACGGGAGGAGGAAGUUACGGCCCCACAAGUUCCGACCCCAGGAUCUGCAGACGCCGCCCGCGACUUCUGCCCCAGCGGACGCGGCUCCUGCUCGGCCGACUCCGGCUCCGGCCGUGACGGACAUUGAGAACGAUGGUGGCACAAACACCGAUGACGAUAGAACUGUCCAUGUAGCCGCUGAUGCCGACUCGGUCAUUAACGUCCCGUCACCUUCUGGCUCCGGGGCGUCCACUGUGGGAGCGUUUACGGAAGAAUCUGGCUUUCUGGGAAGCAGAAGCUGGGGGACCCCGAGGGCAGCCCAGCCCGGGGCGCUGCAGACAGACACGCCUGCUCCCGCCUCUCCGGAAACCGGCACCCGCCCGUCCGUGUUCACGGAGUGGGGCGACCUGGACCCCCCGUCCGAGGCCUCGCCUUCUGCUGCAGCGUCUGCGCCGUUUCAACAGGAGGGACGCGCUGCCGCCACCGCCGCCUCGAGCGUGAAUGUGGAGUCGUCUUCCACCGUGCGCCCCACUGCGCAUCCCACCGCGCAUCCCACCGUGCACCCCACCGUGCGCCCCACUGCGCAUCCCACCGCACAGUCCACCGUGCACCGCACCGUGCGCCCCACCGUGCGCCCCACCGCGCAUCCCACCGCGCAGUCCACCGUGCGCCCCACCCUGCGCCCCACCGUGCUCCCCACCCUGCAUCCUACUGCGACGGAGCAGCCGGCAUCCCCGUUCCCACACUCGGCUCUCGGGUCUGUGGCACAAGCCACCGCAAAGCCCACGCCGCUCACUUCAGCGACACCUCCAGCCACAGCGGGUUCCAGGGAAGACGUUUUCUUCAAUCACGUGGGGAUCCCCAGAACCGAGACACCCCCAGGGAGUUACGAGGGAACCCCGCCUACGCGGAGGCCACCGGAAUCAUCCACCCCCUCGACCAGCCUCGACGCACUGAACUUAACUCCAAAGGAGCUGAGGAAAGGAGCCUCUGACGGGGGGACCACAAACAUCCUUCCGCACGGCCCGCAUCCCCAGCACCAACCGGGCAGAGUCCAGACCGUCCACCACGCGGCCAGAGUCCCCGACCAACCCGUGCCACCAAGAGGGACUGCACGGCCAGCACACACCACCACACGACACCCCUCCAGACACUCUGUCACCUUCCAGCCCCCUCGUCACUGGACCAACAAACCGCAGAUAACGGCAUACCCAUCCAGGGUCUGGCCAGAACAGAACCACUUGACGACGCCGAAAUCACUGAGCGUGGCCACCGCCGUGGUCCCGUGGCACGGCUCCAGGGCCGGCACGCCCACCGACUUCCCUCACCGAGGCACCGAGCGAGCCCAAGGCCACUCCAAAGUGUCUGCGGACGGCCGCCUCCCUGAGCUGACGCAGCCCGCGGGCAAGACUCCGCGUGUGGGGCCUCAUCCUUCCCCCGACGGGAGGACCCCUUUCUUUCUCAACAGGACCUUCUCGUUCCCGCAGUGGGCGGCGACCCCGAAGCCGCCUCCAGCCACCGCCCCGGCCCCCGGCACGCGGCCGAGAAUAGUCCACACAGGGCCCUACAAUCGGAUCCAUUCUCAGAGCGUCAUUCACAGCGUCAUUCACGUGGACUUCGGGCCCCCGGCGCCCCCCGCACCGCACCGUCCGCAGGGGACGGUGCCACCAUCGACGCGCGUGCAGAACGGGCCCGUGCUCUACUCCACCCGCAGCCCCGUCCCCUUCGCGACUUCUUCUGGACAGUCGUCCAGAAGCUUCCAUCAGAGCAGCUCCAAGUUCUUCUCUGCCGGGGGACCGCCUGCGUCCAAGUUCUGGACGCUCGGCGAGAAGCCCCAAAUUGUCACCAAGUCCCCUCAGACCGUGUCCGUCGCCGCAGACACCGACGUGCUGCUCCCGUGUGAAGCCACGGGGAAACCCACGCCUUUCGUCACCUGGACAAAGGUUUCCACAGGCGCGCUCAUGACCCCCAACACGAGGCUGCAGCGGUUCGAGGUCCUCAAGAACGGCAGCUUCGUCAUCCGCCGCGCGCAGGCGCAGGACGGCGGCCGCUACCUGUGCACGGCCAAGAACCUGCACGGCGCCGACCGCAUGCUGGUGCAGCUGUCCGUGGCGGCGCAGCAGCCGCAGAUCGUCGCCGGACACUACCAGGACGUCACGGUGUCCCUGGGCGACACCAUCGCCAUGGAGUGCCUGGCCAAGGGGACCCCGGUCCCGCACAUCUCCUGGAUCUUCCCCGACGGCAGGGUGUGGCAGGCCGCGUCCCGCGCGCAGGGCAGGGUCACGCUGCACGAAAACCGCACCUUGUCCAUCAGGGACGCGUCCUUCGCGGACCGAGGCGUGUACAAGUGCGUGGCCAGCAACGCGGCGGGCGCGGACAGCCUGGCCAUCCGCCUGCACGUGGCGGCGCUGCCGCCGGUCAUCCAGCAGGAGAAGCUGGAGAACAUCUCGUUGCCGCCGGGGCUGAGCGUGCAGGUGCACUGCAGCGCCAAGGCCGCGCCGCGCGCCAGCCUGCGCUGGGUGCUGGCCGACGGCACGCACGUGCGGCCCUCGCAGUUCGUCCACGGCAACCUGUUCGUCUUCCCCAACGGCACGCUCUACAUCCCGCGCAUCCUCUGGCGCUUGCCGUCCAAGCGCAUGAUCGACGCGCUCUUCAGUUUCGACCCCAGAGUCCGGGCGUUCGCCAACGGGACGCUGGUGGUGUCGUCCGUCACAGACAAAGAUGCGGGGGACUACCUGUGCGUGGCCCGCAACCAGGUGGGCGACGACUUCGUCGUGCUGCAGGUGCACGUGGUCAUGAAGCCCGCCAAGAUCGAGUCCAAAGAGGAACAAGACCACAGAGUGUUCUACGGGGCGGACCUCAGGGUGGACUGCGUGGCCAGCGGGCUCCCCGACCCCGAGAUCGUCUGGGGGCUCCCGGACGGGAGCCUGGUGCACUCCUUCGUGCAGUCGGAUGACGGCGGUGGCGGCCGGGGCCAGCGCUACGUCGUCUUCAACAACGGGACGCUCUACUUCAACGAGGUGGGCAUGCGGGAGGCGGGCGACUACACCUGCUUCGCCAAGAACCAGGUGGGCAGAGACGAGAUGACGGUGCACGUCAAGGUGGUGGCCGAGCCCGCUGCCAUCCGCAACAAGACGUACGCCGUGGUCCACGUCCCCUACGGGGACGUGGUCACGGUGGCGUGCGAGGCCAAGGGGGAGCCCACGCCCAAGGUGACCUGGCUGUCCCCGACCAACAAGCCGAUCCCCACGUCGUCCGAGAAGUACCAGAUCUACGAAGACGGCACGCUGCUCAUCCAGAAAGCCCAGCGUUCCGACAGCGGCAACUACACCUGCGUGGUGCGGAACAGCGCGGGCGAGGACCGCAAGGUCGUGUGGGUGCACGUCCACGUGCAGUCCCCCAAGAUCAACGGGCACCCCGACGCCAUCACCACCGUGCGGGAGAUCGCGGCCGGCGGCAGCCGGAAGCUCAUCGACUGCCUGGCGGAGGGCGUGCCCACGCCGCGCGCCCGAGGACGCGUGUCCGUCUGGGACAACGGCACGCUGACCGUGCGCGAGGCCUCGGUGUUCGACAGGGGCACCUACGCGUGCCAGACGGACGCCGAUUCGGGCCCGUCCGCCGUGAGCUACGCGGUCAUCGUGAUCGCUUACCCGCCCAGGAUCACCAGCGAGCCGACGCCGGUCAUCUACGCCCGGCCCGGGCACGCCGUCACCAUGAAGUGCAUGGCCGUGGGGGUCCCCAAGGCCGAGAUCACCUGGGAGCUGCCGGACCGGUCACAGCUGACCGCCGGCUCGCAGGCCCGUCUGUACGGGAACCGGCAGCUUCACCCGCAGGGGUCACUCACCAUCCAGCAGGCCACCCGGAGCGACGCCGGCUUCUACAAGUGCACCGCCAAAAACAUCCUGGGCAGGGACACCAAAACCACCUACAUCCACGUUUACUGAGACGCCGACAGGGCUGGGACAAGGCAGGGCUCUCCCGCGAACUGUCACACAGCCCGGUGGCCCCCAGCUGCGUGUCGAGCUCACGCUGACCGUGGCCGACGCGCGUCGGCAGAAGGAAGCAACGCAGACAAGGAGGUGGGGUCCUGCCUGUCUGGGACUCGCGUCCACGGGUGCAGGACGCCGUGCUCAGGCCUGGCACGGCACACGCCACAAGGCCUGGGCGCAAGUGACGAUUUCCGCGUGGGGGACGCCACUCUCCGAGGCUCUGACGAGCGUCAGUGGGAGACGAAGCAGCUUCCGCUGAAAACGAACAGCCGACAGGAACACUGACAUCUCUCCGCGGGGAAGACGCCUCAGCUCGUCAGCCUUCUGCCGUUUCGAACCGAUAGAACCUUCCUCUGUCACAUCCAAACCCCAGUUUGACCAAUAAGGGCUUAGAAUCGCAGUGACCGAUUUUUUUUUUACUGUACAAGUGUCAUACAAUACACCUACCGUUUUCUAUGAAAGGACCCUCUG